ACUUUGUUUUUCACCACAGACGCAAUCAUCUUCUUCAUUCAUCCCAAGAUGGUUUCAUGUUGUGUUAAAAAAAAUCUUCAAACACUUGCUGUGGUCGUAUUAAUCUUAGCAGGAUAUGUGAAGGGUCAAAAUUGUGGUUGUGCCACAAACCUAUGUUGCAGCCAAUACGGCAACUGUGGCGUUUUGGUACAAGUGGUACAAGUGGUACAGUCUAAUGCAUCCCCUGGUACAUGUGGCGUUUCGGUGGCCGAUAUUGUGACGGAAGAUUUCUUUAACGGGAUACUUAAUCAGGCUGGUGGUGGAGACUGUCCAGGGAAGAGCUUCUUCACCAGGGUCGCGUUUCUGAAUGCUCUUAACUCGUAUACCCAGUUUGGCACAAAUGGUACUGCCGAUGAUUCUAAGCGUGAGAUUGCUGCUUUCUUUGCCCAUGUCACGCAUGAGACUGGAUCUUUUUGCUACAUAGAAGAGAUAAACGGUGCUUCCCAGGACUACUGCGACGAGAGUAACACACAGUAUCCAUGCAACCCAAACAAAAAAUACUACGGGCGCGGACCGCUUCAGCUAAGCUGGAAUUACAAUUACGGAGCAGCCGGAAAUAGCAUCGGGUUCAACGGAUUAAACUCUCCUGAAACGGUGGCCACAGAUGCCGUUAUUUCCUUUAAGACGGCCUUGUGGUUUUGGACGCUGAAUGUUGAGCCGGUUCUAAGCCAAGGGUUCGGGGCAACAAUUCGAGCGAUUAACGGGGCAGUUGAAUGCAAUGGUGGAAACUCUGGUGCUGUCCAAUCUCGCAUCCAGUAUUACACUCAAUACUGUGACCAAUUCGGUGUUUCUACCGGUGAUAAUCUCAGUUGCUAGGAUCUCUUUUCUUGGAUAUAUACUUGCUUGCAAUUAAUGCAUGCAUGGACUACAAAGAAAUUAAGAAUGCAAACUAGUGAAUGAGGUGAAAGAGAAGUAUCUCUUAUUGUAUUGCCCACAGUCUACAUGGGCAUUCGAUAUAUGGCCUCACAAAUUAAUGAAAUAAAGUAUUAUAAUUUGCUUUUA